ACCUAAAGUACGAUACAGCCCAACACCCCCCUUCCACCCUUUCCAGGUUGUAUCUGGUCUUAUACUGAUAGCAUCCCCGGGUCCGCUGUUCUUCACCAGAUGAGACUAUGUUGCAAGCAAGUGAUAGCGGAGAGACGCCCCCCAGGAAGCGCAUGGUUGCAUGUCUCCCCUGUCGAGACAAGAAAAUGAAAUGUACUGGUACAUUGCCAUGUGAACGGUGUCAGCGGCAAGAAGAACAGUGCUUCUACCCAGAAGGACGGAAGAAACCAACUCCCAAACGCCGCACUGAAACUCAAAGGCUGGCCAGGCGACUCGAACACUUUGAACAGCAACUUCUGCGGCUUGCACAGGAGAAAGGAUCCGACCAAGAUGCAGCAGCAGACUCCGAAUUGCUGGUCCCUACAAUCAGUCAGACACCAACCACAUCGCCAGAGGGUCACGUGAGUGUUACUGGUGAUAGUCAUUUACAUUCUGCAGCCUUCGCUCGCAAUGAAUUGCUAGAGCUCGCUCUGUCGACGCCCACUUCGCGUGGCGCUACGAUAUUAUCCGACUUUUCUCAGGAUGCCAUUGGAAACGGCCUGCGGCAGCAAAGUAGACAGAUUCCAGCUCCUAGCGACCCUAAAUUUGCUCAAGGCACUCCAUACCCCUGGAUUGCGACACCAAGAGAGUAUCCUCACCUUGAAACUACAAGUCCGAUUUCCACAGUAGACAAGCUCUCGUAUGACUAUCCAGGAAUCUCCUUGGAGCUGUCAAUAUGCUCGAAAGCUGGUGCUCAGUGGGUUGCAGCCAUCACCGGAAGCACCGCGUUUGAAACUGUCAGACACACUAUUCUCUCCAACCAGCGGCAGAGAUGCGGUGGCCCAAGGCGGACACCGAGGGAGAGGACUCCUGAGCCAGAUAUGGCAACUGCGAUGAUCUAUACACAAGCAUACUUCGAACAGUCCCCCGAAGCAGUGUUUGGUAUCGUGGACCGGACAUCCUUUGAGACUCAAUUGCGCCGUCACUUCAACGAUCCCUCUCCGGUGCACUCCGAAGACCCAGCCUGGUAUGCGCUUCGCAACACCGUAUAUGCAGCAGGUUGCCGAAUGCUCCUAUCGGAAGUUGAAUACUCAUCUACUUUCGCGGGUGCACAGGAGCCCAGCGGGAACUUCUUCGAGAACGCCCUUUCAGUCCUAUCGGAGCUUCUCUAUCCGCGGGAAGAUCUUGAGGCUGUGCAAGCUGUUGUUCUUAUGACCCUAUAUUGCGGUGGACUUUCAAGUCCAUCGAUAGAUCACACAUUGAUCUGUACCGCUGUUCGACUAGCGCAGCAAAUCGAGCUAGAUCAGUCUCCUGCACGACGAUGGUCAUCUGAUGGUAGUGAUGAUGUACUGGGAUGCUGGCUUUUCUGGACCAUUUAUUGCCUAGAGAAGCGCAUCGCCUACGUAAAUGGCUUCAAUUCGAUGUUGGAUGAUAACGCAGUCACUUGCCCAUUGCCGACAAUGUCACCCAACUCAAGCCAUGCGGAGACUGUUUUUCUCACUUAUUGCAUUCAGCACGCAAAGAUGCUGUCGGAGAUAAUGCAGGGAUGGGGAUGCAAGAGGCUUUUCGAUGUCUCUGCCGAGAAAUGCCACCACACGUUCCAACACCUUGAUAGGAAACUCGAGGAUUGGAGGGAGUCAUUGCCCGAUUUCGCCAAAGUCCGGAAGCGAAAUAGCCGACUAGAGGUUCCCAGAGACUGGAACCCGCAUGCCGUGACAUACUUGCAAUGUGCAUACAACGCCGUUCUCAUGGAGAUUCACUUCCCCCUAGUGUGCCCCUGGAUGAGCCAAUUGUUAGGGGCAGAAGCUUCGCCGGCAACAAAAGACCAGGCGAUUCAUAGCUCGGCAUUGGUGGCAGAAGCUGCAAGGAAUGUCAUCCUGACGUCCAAUACCGGGUCAAUCAAUGCUUCCACCCCAUCGUGGCAGAUGUUCCAUCUUCCGACCAUGGCCGCGAUGAGCCUCUUCAUGCAUGUUCUCAAGGAGCCCAGUUCACCUAGCGCCAGCAGUGAUAUUGCACUUCUGGACAUGCUAUCCGGCCACUUUGGAUACCUGGGGCACACCUGCGGCAUCGAGGCUCCGCUCUCUUCCGUGCGGGAGAUCGCCAACAUUGCCCGAAAUGCCGUACGAAAAGCAGCCGGACCGAAGCAAUUCGCCGGGCUCCAUGGAGGUCUCGGUUGACCAAAUGAGUGCCUUGGGGGCCUUGCUCGGAC